UGCGGUGCGUAUCCUUGCCAACCACCAGCAGGAGAAAAAAAAACUCUGUCAAACAGAACCAGGCAUAGAACUCGGCGCAGUUUUGUUCUAAAAAUAAACAUUUUUCUUUCAAAACUGGGCCCAAUCGUGCUGCGUGGUUGUGCUUAUAUUUGUGAAGUUACUUUAGCUAGGUAAAACAAUACGCUUUUCCAGAAACGCUGGUUCAUAGUAUACCGGCCAGUUCCGUCCGGUUGGCCACGGACGGUUUAGAAGCUCAGGCCUCAUCCGCGCCACGGUGAUGUGGAAUAUAGCGCCUCGAUCCAGCAACGCUCGUCGAUGCCCGCACACCAUCAUCAUCAUCGGAUGAUUAUUAUGUACCCGUAGUAGUAGUCCGUGCAGGGAACCAGCGCACAUUAGCAACCCCGGACCGGGGGCAGCCUAGCAACGGAGUGAAGACGACGGAAUAACAAUGGGAAACCCAAGCCUAACGUACGAGAUUUUACUCUAUCUCAAUUCGUUCUACUUCGGAAUGUUCGCUACCUGCGAACUCGGGAUGCUCACGCUGAAGGCAGUCAAUUUGAAGUAUCCGGAUCACAUUCUGCUUCGGGAGGCGUGCAUCCUGGUGGCGCUGUGUUUGGUGGAAACGAUCCGAAUCAUCCUGGGCAGGAGGGGUAGUCUUAGCGACCACGGUUGGCACGUUAUCCUGUCCGUAUUUCUUACCAUCCCCUGCGGAAUGGGCGUAGGGUAUCUUCUCUUCUACCAGCUGCACCGGCUACGCCUGGAGUACAUCCUAUGUGCCUUAAUGUUAUCACUACAGGCAGCAGAACUGUUUUUUGCAAUACUGUUCGUAUUCACGCUGUGUCGGCCGCCUUCCUACGAUUAACUUCUCACGACCAUUCAUGACAAAACUGCCAAAGCUCUCUUGUAACCGAUUUCCGCCCAGAUUGUCUCUGGACUGGCCUACCGUGCCCGGAAUGGCGAGAUCAAUCCUAAUGGCUUACCGUUCCUGGCCGCGUGAAAACUACUACUCGGCACGCCGGUUGUAGUAGUUGCAUUUGCACACUCUCACAAACACACACACACAUACAUACACACCAAUGUGCCCCUCGGAUUGGACGUGGAAAUAUCAUUACCAUCAUCGUCAUAUUGCUCAAAUGGCCAAACUAAGACGGUGCCACCGUAAGGCUGGUAGUGAACAUAGGUGCCAUGUAGUUUAUCGUAGAGUAUUGCAAACCAAAAGACGGAGCAAAAUUUUUAUGCCGUCUGCCGCGGUUUUGGGCAUCCGUGCGUAGGACAUGUAGGAGACGUAGGCGUAUAAGCGUAGCCAGCGGGAACCAGUUGUUGCGGGACAGUCGAAUUUUGAUCGAUAAACUGCUUUAGGAUAAAAGUAAUGCACCAUUAUCUGCACAUGCCCACGGCACACUGCGAACGCUUUCUUCGGUUAGAUACGAUUUAUCGCACCGCCUUUUCGAGUGUCUGUCAAUGCACACAGCAAACAAAGAGUUUACCGAAAGCUUUCCUUAACUUUAGAGCACAAACUGUACCGUUUCAUUCGAUACCAAAGAGCUUCAUUUCUAGUCUAGACGUGUAAUUAAUUUAAACAAAACUGUCGACCAUCAAAGGACCACCAAAGGCUAGGUCCUAGGUUUUACCUAAUCGAAUCUCCUCCAUGUAAUAUAUCCUAGAACUUUUCUAUCUUGCGAUUACAACUACCAACACACAACCAAACACACACUACAGUUACUAUUCACGCUGCAUUCUUCAAAUCAAAAUAUUACUAGCAAUAGGUUGGGGCAGCGACGUAAAAAGCGGGUUUCAAAAAAUCUAGAACCUAGACAUUGUUGAUGCGCCAUGUGGUGUGUGGGAGGGCGCGCGCUAAUUCUUAGAUAAUUUUGGAAUAUAAAAUUUGUAAUCAACUGCUAUCAACUGUGUCAAAUAUCAGGUACCGGAGGCACAUGCCGGAAGCGAACAAUUAAAAGCAAACAAAUGCAAUAUAAUCAACCUUAUGUAAAACGCAGCGUCGUAAAAUUUUGAAAAAUGUUUACCCUAAUUGUAAUACCGGAAGGUGAUAAAAAACAAAACUCAUAUAUCAAUCAAUCAAUACUCAAAUACUAGACCAGUAACAAGCAACAAAAAAGGAAAAAGAAAUCAAAUGUGUACGUUUGAAAGUUGUGUGAUUGCGACGAAUUAUAUCGUUCCCGUUUCAGCCGUGUAAAAUCACUUAAAGCCGUGUCCUGUGGGGGGUUUUCGUUGGUACUUAGCAAAACCGAAGCAAGGGUACGACGGGUCGGUGAAACCUAGGUACAGUACAUACAAAACACUUGUAUUUGUAUAAUCAGGUAUAGCGUUCAAAAUAUAACACACCUCGACAAAAAAUA